UACAAGUUUAUCGACAGUUGUGUGGUGUUCUUUGCGUUCGGCACUUUCCAUUAUUUUCGAUCUGCACUUCCUAAAUUAGAGGCAAACAAGGACACUCCAAGAGGAGGAUCGGUAGCAAGGAUUCUAUUGUUUUGCGGAGGGCUUGCCGUAAGAGACUUGGUUUUUUGUACAGAAGAUGGUAUUAACACUGCAGCAAAGACCAACCGCCUCGGACCAUAAGUUUCCCACCGUUCAGCUCUUCCUUCUAUCAAUAUGCCGCGUCGCCGAGCCAAUUGCCUUGACUUCCAUUUUUCCAUACUCAUGGGUAAUGGUCAGGGACUUCAAUGUGGCUGAUACCAACAGCGCUUCUUUCUAUGCCGGUAUCCUCGUCUCUGCAUUCUCCCUCUGUGAAGCCCUCACCGGCAUGUUUUGGGGCGGUCUUUCAGACCGUGUCGGCCGCAAACCUGUUCUCAUCUCCGGCUGUUUUGGCACGAUGCUAUCCCUCCUCAUCGUGGGAUUCGCCUCGAAUUUCUGGGUGGCCCUCUUCGGACGGGCCCUCGGUGGAAUUCUAAACGGGAACAUCGGUGUGAUCCAGACUAUGGUCGGUGAAUUGGUCAAGAAUCCAGAGCAUGAACGUAAGAAGAUCCUCGUAUUCCCUAAUCGUGGCGCCCGCGCUUACGCUGUGAUGCCUUUCGUGUGGUCAAUCGGUACGAUUAUCGGGCCAGCGAUUGGAGGUUUGCUGGCAAAGCCUGCUGAAGGUUUCCCCUCCUUGUUCUCCAUGAAUGGCCUAUUUGGCAAAUUCCCUUACCUUCUGCCUAAUAUCGUCUGCUCCGGAUUACUUCUCUGCAGCAUCAUCUCCAGCUGGAUCUUACUCGAGGAGACGCAUCCUGAUAUGCAACCAUGCAGUCGGCCAGAUGACCUGGAUUAUCCUUCCGUGGAGCGCCCUCUACUUGCAACUGCAGGGGCUACCGCCAACGCAGGCGCAGAUUUACGUGCAGAGUCCUACGGUACUUUCAACCAAGUCCAUCUCCAUGAAGAUGAAGAUUGGACAGUGUACGCCGAUGGCUCGAAGCUUGAAUCCACUCCGCAAAAGCCGACUAUCUUCACAUGGCGAGUGACCAUGCUUAUCAUCGCCUUGGCAAUCUUCACUUACCAUUCGAUGACGUAUGACCAUUUGUUGCCCAUUUUCUUGCAAGAUAAGAAUGCCAGCAGCAUAGCCAUGUCGUCAAAUUCGGCCUUCCGUUUUCCGGGUGGGGUCGGCCUCUCAACUCGAACCGUUGGAUUGAUCAUGUCAAGUGAUGGCAUAAUUGCACUUGUCAUCCAGAGCCUUAUCUUCCCUUUCCUGGCUCAGCGCCUGGGUGUCUGGAGGCUCUUUGUUGUCGUCACCAUUCUUCAUCCGCUAGCCUAUUUUAUCGUACCCUUCCUUAUCUUCGUUCCUAGCCAACAUGUGAUCUUCGGCAUCUACACCUGCUUGGUUGUCCGCAACAUCCUCUCGAUCAUCGAUUACCCCGUCCUUCUGAUUCUCAUCAAACAGGCCAGCCCCUCCGAUUCCGUUCUCGGCAAGAUCAAUGGACUCGCGGCCUCGGCCGGCGCCUUCUCACGCACGAUGGCUCCACCGAUUGCAGGCUUCUUAUAUAGUACGGGUUCCAAGAUCGAUUUUACGGCCCUGGCCUGGUGGGGAAGCACUUUUGUCGCAGCCAUCGGCGCUGUGCAGCUCUUCUUCAUUGAACAAAAGAAACAUGCCUCUAUCACGGUUCAGCCAGCUGCGCAUUGCCACUACGCGUCUCAUGCUACGCCAGUCAAAGAUGAGACCGUCCAUAUCAUUGUGACAGACGUUGAUGGCGAUGGGACUGGCCAUGUAUAG